ACGGCCAGUUUUCUUUCCAAGGCCUCCGAUUGAGCCGUUUCGGACCAAAGAAAGAAGGUUCUCUUGAGCCGUUCAUAUACGGUUCGACCCAGUAGCGUGUAAUGAUGAACAAUUGUUCCUAAUAUACAAUCAAUAUCGACAACAACAAACAAACAGUAUUGCUAGCGAGGAAUCAAAAAAUACAAACUCUACGUUUCAAUUGUUCCGCGAUCACUACCCUUCUAUCAGCUCUGUCUCCGUAUAUAUAUAAAGGAAUAUGGAUGGAGCACCAGGAAGAGGCACUGGUACCGAUAUGCUUCUACGAAACUACAGGCUUGGAAAAACUCUUGGCCAUGGUUCAUUUGGUAAAGUGAAAAUCGCAGAGCAUCUAUUGACAGGGUACAAAGUGGCUAUCAAAAUCCUUAACCGUCGGAAAAUGAAGAGCCCUGAAAUGGAGGAAAAAGUGAGAAGAGAAAUCAAAAUAUGUAGGUUAUUUGUGCAUCCACAUAUUAUACGACUCUAUGAGGUGAUAGAGACACCGACAGACAUAUACGUGGUUAUGGAGUAUGUAAAGUCUGGGGAGCUAUUUGAUUACAUUGUAGAGAAGGGUAGAUUACAGGAGGAUGAAGCUAGGAGUUUUUUCCAACAGAUUAUUUCUGGUGUGGAGUACUGCCACAGAAACAUGGUGGUUCAUAGAGACCUUAAGCCUGAGAACCUUCUUCUAGAUUCCAGAGGCAAUGUGAAGAUAGCUGAUUUUGGCUUGAGCAAUGUUAUGCGGGAUGGCCAUUUUCUAAAGACAAGUUGUGGAAGCCCAAAUUAUGCCGCUCCCGAGGUCGUUUCAGGUAAGCUAUAUGCUGGACCCGAGAUAGAUGUUUGGAGUUGUGGUGUUAUCUUGUAUGCUCUUCUUUGUGGCACUCUUCCUUUUGAUGAUGAAAAUAUUCCAAACCUCUUCAAGAAAAUAAAGGCUGGAAUUUAUACUCUUCCUAGCCAUUUGUCACCUGGAGCAAGGAACUUGAUUCCGAGGAUGCUUGUGGUUGACCCAAUGAAGAGAAUAUCCAUUCCUGAAAUCCGUCAGCAUUAUUGGUUCAAAACUCAUCUUCCUCGCUAUUUAGCUGUUCCGCCACCAGAUCCAGUGCAGCUUAUAAAAAAGAUUGAUGAGGAUGUUCUUCAAGAAGUGCUUAAGAUGGGAUUGGACAAGAACCAUUUGGUUGAAUCUCUUCGAAACAGAAUACAAAAUGAUGCAACUGUUGCAUAUUACUUGCUGUUUGACAAUCGGUCUCCUCUUUCCAGUGGCUAUCUAGGAGCUGAGUUUCAGGAAUCCAUGGAGAGUGGUUCUGCUGGCAUGCAUGCAGAUGAUGCUUUAAAUUUAGCAGUUGGACCCCACUUUCUUCAAGAUUCUGGUUUGAGGUCCCACUUGCCAAGUGAGAGAAAGUGGAUUCUUGGACUGCAGUCUCCAGCCCAUCCUCGUGAGAUAAUGACACAGGUUCUCUUGGCUCUGAAAGAACUGAAUGUGCGUUGGAAAAAGAUUGGCCACUAUAACAUUAAGUGCCGGUGGUUUCAUGACUUGCAUAAUCCUGGAGGCAUGAGUAGUAAUCAUGAUCACGAUAACCAUUAUAUCAGUGAUGAAUCUGCCAUUAUUCAUAAUGAUCUUCGUGCUCAAAGCAUUGUGAAGUUUGAAUUGCAGCUGUACAAGACUCGGGAGGAGAAUUAUCUGCUUGAUCUGCAGAGAGUGAGCGGUCCACAGUUCCUCUUCCUGGAUCUUUGCGCUGCUUUCCUCCUGCAGCUCGGGGUUCUUAAUUAAAAAGGCUUCAGGAGAAGAAGAGGCAGAAAACUUGGCAUUUCUUGUUUGUAAAUGUCUCUUUUUUGCACAUGCAGAGUUGUGUUUUUAAUUUUAUUUUUGUUUUCUCCCUUUCUUGUUUUUUGUUAUAAAUAAAUUUAAUUUUGUUCAUAUUACUUGUGCAUUAUGGUUAUAGGUUGAACUUUGAGUUUGUAGAGCCAGCCAAAGAGGCUGGUCUCAUUGCUAGAGAUAGAUCUUGUGUAAUUCAAAUUGGAAUGGAAUUUUGUCCAAAUCUCUCUC